AUGUACCUGAAGCCCGUCGUGAAGAGCACAGAAGCAAAGGAGCCACAGGAGGAAGCUGCAGAGGUCAAAGGUCAGAAGAAGAAGACGAAGAAUCAAAAGCCGCUUCCGGAGAAAUCGGAAUCCGACCAGAAGCUGGAGACCAGGGAGAUCAGUUUACAGAACGCGGACGAGGACGAGCGAGGGAAGACGACGCCCGCUCAGAAGAAGAAGAGGAAGGCGCCGGACGCGGAGACCAGUGCGGAGCACUGGGUGAUGAAGAGGCACAAGCUGAAGGCCAGCAAAGAGGAGGAGGUGGUGAAGGAGAAGAGGACGGUGUUCGUCGGCAACCUGCCCAUCAGCUGCAGCAAGAAGACCCUGACGGCCCUCUUCAGAGACGAAGGAUCCAUCGAGUCCAUCCGCUUUCGCUCUGUGGUCCGAGAGGACCCCCUGAUGUCCCGUAAAGUGGCCGUCAUUCAGCGCAGAAUUCACCCCAAAACUCAAAGCUUGAACGCCUACGUGGUGUUCCACGACGAGGCCACGGUGGCCAAAGCGCUCGAGAGGAACGGCAUGGAGAUCGAGAAGGACUUCCACAUCCGGGUGGACAGAGUGACGGAGGGGCCCUCGGGGGCCUCGCACGAUCACAAGCGCUCCGUCUUCGUGGGGAACCUUUCGUUCGAGAUUAAGGAGCUGGCUUUUCGGCGGCACUUUGAGGAGUGUGGCCCGGUGGACGCGGUGCGAUUGGUGCGGGACCAGAACUCUGGGCUGGGGAAAGGAUUCGGUUACAUCCUGUUUGAGAGCGCCGACUCGGUGCAGCUGGCGCUGGAACUGGACGGCAGCAAACUGGACGGCAGACCCGUCCGGGUGAAGAGGGCGGAGAGGCAGAAGAAUAACACUGACGCCGCCAGGGGCCCCACGAAGGGCCCCACCAAGGGCCCGGGGGGGCAGGAGAGAGGAGGCGGUUGGAAAGGUUUCAAGUCUAAAAAGAAGUUCUCUGGAAACCAGCAGGCGGCGACCAAGAGCUCAAACUCCUUCAAGGGAGAAAUGGUGGAUCCAAACAAAAAGAGUCAGAAGAAAGGACAGAAGAAGAAGAAGAAACCCAGAACCAAGAGGGCCGUUCACAUCUGAUGUUCAGCUGGUUUUGGGUUCUCACUGUUGGGGAAAGCAAAAGGUUUUUUUCUGGAGACAUCACAACGUAUUCCUCAUAACAUUGAGACCGCAGACAGAAACCUGAGUUUACUGUUUUAAUGUUUUUAUUGGUCCCGCCGUGUGGAUUCAGGUUCUCUUUCUCAUCCAUAAAGACAUUUCCACCUUAAAUCGCUGUGUUUAAUAAAAAGUCACCGCACUGCUGUUUCA